AUGGCAAAUACAAACAAGACUUUACAUGAACUGUCGUCAAAAAAUUUCAGCAGAACACCCAAUGGACUGAUAUUUACGAAUGAUUUAAAGACAGUAUACUCCAUCUUCCUCAUAUGUUUGGAUCUAAAAGAAAAGAAACACAAUAGUGAUACUAAAUCGUUCUUAUUAACACCGUUCAUCAAACAUUUCGAAUUUACCUUCACAUACCAAGAAGCUAUCAAAGCAAUGGGGCAAUUAGAACUCAAAGUGGAUAUGAAUACAACUUGCAUUAAUGUUUCAUACAACAUUAAACGUAGUUUAGCUCGGCAUCUCCUUACGUUAUUUAUGUCUUCUAAGCUGCUACAUACACCUCAAGACAGGACUCGUAGUGAGCCGAAGGAAAAAGUUCUUUUCCAACCCACACCUAAGGGGGUCGCUGUUUUACAAAAGUAUGUUAGGGAUAUUGGGCUGAAGAAAAUUCCUGAUGUUCUUUUAUCUUCGUUUAACUCUAUGGAACUUUUUACUUUUGAGAGAAGCUCUGUUACGGAUUCAAUCAUCCAUAGUGAUUAUCUGAUCCAUAUUCUUUUCAUCAAAAUGAUGGGUUCUAAGCCCAAUGUUUGGUCUCCAACAAAUGCUAAUGAUCCAUUACCUUGUUUGUCUUCAUUACUGGAAUAUACCAAUAAUGAUGAUACAUUUACCUUUGAAAAACCUAAACCAGAGCAAGGAUGGCAAGUUCAGAUGAAAAACAUAGAUGUCAAUGACUUGGAAAGGGUUUCGCCCUUAGCACACCGGUUCUUUACAAAUCCAGAUUCCGAGUCACACACGCAAUAUUAUGUUUCUAAUACAGGAAUACGGCUAUUUGAAGACAAAGCAUUUGGUACUUCCAAAAAAAUAACAAUUAAGUACACUUUUACAACAAAGGCCAUAUGGCAGUGGAUAAUGGACUGUACCGAUAUUAUGCAUGUUAAAGAAGCGGUCUCCUUGGCAGCAUUGUUUCUGAAAACGGGGCUGAUUGUUCCAGUCCUUUUACAACCAUCACGUACUGAUAAAAAAAAAUUUCAAAUCAGCAGAUCCUCAUUUUUCACCCUGUCUAAGCGUGGUUGGGAUUUGGUUUCCUGGACAGGUUGUAAGAUUAACAAUGUCCGAGCACCAAAUGGUAAUAUCAUAGACCUAGAUUUCGCACUGCCAGGGCAUGUAACUGUUCGUGAUGAAAAAAGGGCACUUAACGAAAACGAAGGUUUUCCUCAAGACAUACUCAUCUCUUCAAAUAAUCUAAAUAGGCUGGACUAUGUGCUAAAUGAUCCAGGUAUGAGAUAUUUAUUCAGACGUCAUUUAGAAAGGGAAUUUUGUGUAGAAAAUUUGGAUGUGUUCAUCGAAAUCAAGAGGUUCUUGAAAAAAAUGACAAUUCUAAAGAAAUUGAUAGAUUCUAAGCAUGGUAACAAAAAACCUAAUAUUGGUGCUUCAAAAAAUAAUAUUGUAAGAACAAUUGAUUCAGCUUUGAUGAAACAGGCCAACGAGUGUCUUGAAAUGGCAUACCAUAUUUACUCGGCCUAUAUCAUGAUAGGGUCGCCCUAUCAAUUAAAUAUUCAUCAUAACUUGCGUCAGAGUAUUUCCAAUAUUAUGUUACAUCCUCAUUCCCCACUAUCGGAACAGUUUCCUUUUAUCCUGGAUGAUCCAAUGCUUGAUUCUGCUAAGUCAAACACUUCUUCAUUGAGUUCAAGCGAUGAAAACACGUUGGGUGAACUUUCUGAAAUAAUGCUAAAACCUUCGAGCACUUUGUCAAAUGAGGACUGUCUAUUUCAUAAGGAGACACUCAAACAACAAUCAAGAGAAUACAAACCUUCCCCACUAACUUUAGUAGAAUUAAAUUCUACAACUGCAGCGGUAGAACAUCCUCAUACGAUUGUGCAAUAUAGUAAUGACAAUCACCAGAAUAAUAACAAAUCAGAUGACUCGUUAUCAGCAACUUUGAAGGUCCUUAGGAAAUUAUACCCCCUUUUCGAGAUCGUCAGUAAUGAAAUGUAUAAGCUCAUGAACAACGAUUCCUUUCAAAAGUUUACUAAGUCAAACGUAUACAAAGAUGCUAGCGCCUUAAUAGAAAUCCAAGAAAAAUGCUAG